UCUGCUAAAUUAGUCAGGUAAACAAACAUUCAACCAAUUUUUAGUGUUUAAAAAUAAAAUUAAAAUUUACUCGGUAUGACAGGGUUUAUAUUGCAUGUUGUUGUGUCAAAAAACAGAAAUCAUGUUAUAGAAACAUUACAGCCACAUUCUUCAGUGGGAUUGUUGAAAAGUGAACUUUCUAAACUAGCUGAGAUUCCAGUAAACAAUCUAUAUAUUCUCUCAGGGAACCCUCUUGUGCGUUUAGAGCUAGACGAUGAUCAAACAACUUUACAAUCCAACAAUAUUUGUUCAGGAGACAGGCUAAUAGUACUGAAAAAAGAUCUUAGGUCUUCAUUGAAAGAAAAUUAUGAUGAAAAUAAUUUGUACCAAGAUCAAAAGAAACCUGUUCUCAAGAGAAAAAUAGUUCCUCCAGACAACUCGUGUUUGUUCACCAGCAUAAGAUUUGCACUUAUGGGAGAGUUAGACUUGAACUGUUCCGACCCCAUGCGUCAAAUCAUCGCUGAAGUUGUAGAAAACGACCCUGAAACUUUCAAUGAGGGGAUUCUGGGUCGACCAAACGCUGAAUAUUGUCAAUGGAUCCUCAAACCGACAUCGUGGGGCGGGGGCAUAGAGUUGGCUAUUCUCUCCAAGUUUUACACGAUAGAAAUUGUUGUACUCGACACUGUCAAUGGUAUACUCAACCGGUUUGGGGAGGACCAAUCGUACAACUACAGGAUUUUUCUUUACUUUAGCGGAAUACAUUAUGAUCCGUUGUACCUUGCAGAUUCUCAAGGUAGUUCUAGGAAACCGAAAACGUUGUUUAAUAUUUCAGAUGAAAAUAUUCUAAGACAGGCAGAAAUUCUGGCGAGAGAAGCUCGGAAUUUUCAAUUUUCGGAAUGUUCAGAUGAACAAAAGUUUUCUAUCCAGUGUCGAGAGUGUGGUACGUAUCUUUCUGGAGCAAGAGAGGGUGGCGCUCAUAUUAGACAGACGGGACAUAAAAGUUUUAUCGAUGUCAACUAUAUGGUCUAAUAACUACACCUGCAAUACAAUAAAAUUAAAAUAGAAAUUAAACUUUCUAGAGAC